GCAAUAAAAAGUAGUAAGCAAAGGCAACCAAAGAUGUCUGGAAACCUAUGCUCCCUAGAAGAACUUUCCUCCUCCUUCCAAUUCCACAGCAAACCAAGCAACAUAUCAUCCCCUCCAGAACACAAAUGCAGCCAACCCCAUGCAACCCACUUCAAGUUUCAGAAGUUCAAAUCCCUUGCUCAUAAGUCAAAAGUGCUUUCAGACAAAACAGUGUUUUUCCACUUUGAGGAAGCACUUUUGAAGUCAUCAGCUUCACUGUUUCCUUACUUCAUGCUUGUGGCCUUUGAGGCUGGAGGGCUUUCCAGAGCUAUGGUCUUGUUUCUCUUGAGCCCUCUAGUGGUUUUGGUUGGUGGAGAGUUAGGGCUAAAUAUUAUGGUUUUUUUGUGCUUUUUUGGGAUUAGGAAGGAUAGGAUGAGGGUUGGGACUGCUGUCCUGCCCAAGUUUUUUUUGGAGGAUGUUGGGAAUGAAGGGCUUGAUGUGGUAAUGAGAUGUGGGAAAAAAGUGGGAGUGAGUGAGUUUCCUAGGGUGAUGGUUGAAGGGGUUUUGAAAGAUUAUGUUGGGGUUGAUGUUGUUGUUGCAAGAGAGCUCAAGGUUGUUGGUGGAUACUUUGUAGGGUUGAUGGAGGAAAAAAAGACUAACUGUUUGGAUCCAAAUGUGGUGGUUCUUGAAGAGGUGGUCAAGGAAGAUUCUGAAGCCAUUGGCAUAAUUGGUUGUCAAGAUAGUUUUUUGCAGCAUGAGCAACUCUUUUCUCGUUGCAAGGAGGAGAUUUACAUGGUGACUGAAGCUGAGAAGCAAAACUGGAAAACCCUAGCAAGAGAAAAAUACCCAAAACCCUUGAUUUUUCAUGAUGGAAGAUUGGCCUUCUUCCCAACCCCACUAGCCACCUUAGCCAUGUUCAUGUACUUCCCUCUAGGAAUUUUCAUCUGCAUCAUAAGAUUCCUCACAGGCAUGUUUCUCCCUCACAGCAUUGCCUGUCCAAUCUUAGCCUUCACAGGCGCAAUCAACACAAUUUCAAAACCCAAAUCCCUGAUUUCCCCAACAACUGGUUCCCAAAAACAAAGGGGAAGACUUUAUGUCUGCAACCAUAGAACCCUCCUAGAUCCACUCUAUGUUCAACUAGCCAUUGACAAACCCCUCUCUGCUGUCACAUACAGUUUGAGCAAAGUCAAUGAGAAAAUUGCCCCCAUGAAAACCAUCAGAUUAACUAGGGAUAGAGAGAGAGAUGGGAAAACAAUGGAGAAACUGUUGCAACAAGGAGACCUUGUGGUUUGCCCAGAAGGAACAACAUGCAGAGAGCCUUAUUUGUUGAGGUUCAGCCCUUUGUUUGCUGAGCUCACUGAUGACAUUGUUCCUGUGGCCAUUGAUGUGAACGUAAACAUGUUUUAUGGUACAUGUGCAAGUGGGUUCAAAAGUUUGGAUCCAGUUUUUCACUUAAUGAAUCCACAACCUGUUUACACCCUCCAGCUGCUUCAUAAAUUGCCUGAACCAGAAACAUGCAAGAUUGGUGGGAAAUCCAGGUUUGAAGUUGCCAAUCAUGUACAGAAUGAGAUAGGUAAGACUUUAGGGUUUGAGUGCACCAGUCUCACAAGGAAAGAUAAGUACAUGGUGUUGGCUGGCAAUGAUGGGAGCUUGAAGAGCUCAAGGUGAAUCUUUGGAGAGUAACUUACAUGUCACAUGAUGUUUUGAUGUUGUGGUGGCGGUGUACCAAUGACAUGUAAGUCAUUAUCAAGAUGUGAUGACUAGAUCUAUGGCAUUUAUAUGGUGAGAAAAUAUCAUAAUGUAAUGCAAGUAAGCAUCAAUUAGGUAUAUAUCAAUUUGGAAUUUGUUUCAAGUGUUCCAGACCACCAAUAAUCCAACUGAUCCAGAACCAUCAGUGGUCCAAGUGAUCCCACCCAUUACUGCGACCAAUGAUUUUGUAACCAGUGUGAUUAGUUAACAUUAUCCUCUCUCCUAAAUAAUCAUGUAAUUGGGUUGUAUUAUAUAUGAUAAGUUGUUUUUUUUU